UUAAAUAUAGUAAUAUAAUGAAACUUUUUUUCAUAUGUCGUAAGAAAGUCGUAGGAAAUUAUUAGUUAUCCAAAGUAAUGCAAUGAUUCAUAAGGGGUAUAUUUGAAAUGAAUCUCUAUCGUUUUUGUUAGUUGACACGCAGCAAUCCUGACGCAAAGUUGUAGAUGCGACUUUAUGUACCUUACGGAUAAAUCGAUGGUCCGACGGCCGAUAGUCCGUGCUAAGCAGGAAAAAGGGAUUCAUGAGAGAUUCGUUGGGUACCGCAUAUAAUAUUCAUAAGCAAACCAUCGUGCCAUCGGCAUCGGCGCAGGCGUGAGCAUCGUCGCUUUAUUGUGCCAUGUCGUUCAUAUCAUAUUGUACUGGUACCUGGUGCCCGAAACGGGACAAGUCCCUCUCGUUCAUUCGUGCGACCUUAAUCAAUUUCGCUAUGUUAACAAGAACAUCGUUCUUAUUGAUUCUCAUUUUCUUUCUGCCAUUUGUGAUUUGUCAAACGCCAAUGGAGUUGAUGGUUGUGAUAGAAGAAGCCGAUUCAUCUAUUUUGAGUAUAUUAAACGACGCGGUUCCCGAGGCAGAACGAAAUUUCGCUAAUGACAUGAUUACCGUUCACGUUUCUACCGUUACAGUGAAUCGCGAGAAUGUAGAUGCAAGUUUCGAAAAAGUCUGCGCCGUUUUGUACAAAGGAAUAAGUAUCAUAUUGGACAUGACGUGGACCGGUUGGGACAAGCUACGAAAUGUCGCGGACGAGAGAGGAAUAAUAUAUAAACGUGGUGACUGCAGCAUAAGUCCCUAUGUUCAAGCGAUUGAUGAUCUUUUGAUUAUGAAAAACGCAACGGACGUUGGUUUGAUUUUUGAAGAUGAAAGAGAGUUAAAUCAGAGCCUUUAUUAUCUUAUCGGAAAUUCGAUAAUUAGAUUAGUGGUCAUAGACGAAUUGACAGAAAGAACUGUGACGAAAGUACGAAGUAUGAGACCAUCACCAUCUUAUUAUGCUAUUUAUGCUAGUACAGCGAAAAUGGAAGAACUGUUUAAAACGGCCAUUGGAGGAGGACUUGUUAGACGAGACGGUAUUUGGAAUUUAGUAUUUACAGACAAUAAUUUUCAUGAAUUUCGAUAUAUUACCGGUGAUCUUCAGCUAAAUGUUUCAUUCACUAUUCUUAGUAUGAAGACUGACAUUUGUUGUCGUUUAAUGGGCGACGUGACCUGCAGUUGUCCUUCAAAUUUCAAGAUAUUCCCAUACUAUUUCAAACGUUUGAUCGGCUUGAUCGUAAGUUUGAUGAGCGAUGUUCAACGAUCGGGUAUAAGUGUAGCUCCAAAGACAGGCCAAUGCGAUAAACCUGUUAGUCCUACUUCAGUUUCGAACAUUACAGCAGAAACAUUUAAUAAAAUUUUAAUGACAAGAUUGGACAGUAAUGAUACUUUCGAAUAUUGGUCAGAGAAGGCGAUGAUCACUUACAAGGCGGAGAUUGAGUUGCAAGUGGUUAAUCGUGGCUAUGUAGAUGUGCUCGCAACUUGGACGAGACGUACAAAAAUUAAAGAAGCGGACGGCAGGAAAAUAGAACCAGCCAGGCGAUUCUUCCGGAUUGGAACCGCACCAGCGGUUCCUUGGUCUGUAACUAAGAAAGAUCCAGUGACUGGUCUAGAAAUUCGCAACGAGGAUGGAAAGGAAAUCUGGGAAGGUUACUGUAUAGAUUUUGUGCAAAAAUUAUCUGACGAGAUGCAGUUCGAUUAUGAUCUUAUUAUUCCUGAAGAUCAAGAAUUUGGCAAAAAAUUACCUAAUGGUGAAUGGACCGGUCUGAUAGGUGAUCUCGCUAGAGGAGAAACUGAUAUUGCUGUAGCGGCAUUAACAAUGACAUCGGAACGAGAAGAAGUUAUUGACUUCGUUGCGCCCUAUUUUGAACAAUCCGGUAUACUAAUCGUAAUGAGAAAGCCAGUCCGUAAAACAUCCCUAUUUAAGUUUAUGACGGUACUGAGACUUGAAGUCUGGCUUAGUAUAGUCGGAGCUUUAACUUUGACCGGUGUUAUGAUUUGGAUAUUAGAUAAAUAUUCACCGUACAGCGCGAGAAACAAUAAACGGCUUUAUCCCUAUCCUUGUCGAGAAUUUACAUUGAAAGAAAGCUUUUGGUUCGCACUGACAUCUUUUACGCCGCAGGGUGGUGGCGAAGCUCCAAAAGCAUUAUCAAGCAGGACGCUGGUUGCAGCUUACUGGUUAUUCGUUGUAUUAAUGUUAGCGACUUUUACUGCAAAUUUAGCAGCUUUUCUUACUGUGGAAAGAAUGCAGUCACCUGUGCAAUCGUUGGAACAAUUGGCAAGACAAUCACGCAUAAAUUAUACUGUUUUGGCUAAUUCUAGUGCUCAUCAGUAUUUUAGAAACAUGAAAAAUGCCGAGGAUAAGCUCUAUACAGUAUGGAAAGAAAUUACAUUAAAUAGCACUAGCGAUCAAGUGGAAUAUCGCGUCUGGGAUUAUCCGAUAAAGGAACAAUAUGGUCACAUUCUGCAGGCUAUCACUCAAGUUGGACCAGUCAAGACUACUGAAGAAGGUUUCAAGAAGGUGAUAGAAAGCGAAAAUGCCGAGUUUGCAUUUAUUCAUGAUUCGUCGGAGAUAAAAUACGAGGUGACGAAGAACUGUAAUUUAACGGAAGUAGGCGAUGUAUUUGCUGAGCAACCGUACGCUAUUGCCGUGCAACAAGGCAGCCAUUUGCAGGAAGAAAUAAGCAGAAAGAUACUCGAUUUACAGAAAGACAGAUAUUUUGAGACAUUGGCAGCUAAGUAUUGGAAUCAGACGUUGAAAUCUCAAUGUCCAAAUUCCGAUGACAAUGAGGGAAUUACAUUAGAGAGUUUAGGAGGUGUAUUUAUUGCGACAUUGUUUGGACUGGCAUUGGCGAUGAUCACUUUAGCCGGUGAAGUUCUCUACUAUCGUAAACGCGGCGUUUCGCAGAAAGGAAAGCCAAACGACAAGAAAACCAUUAAAGAUAUCGAGAACGACAAGAUCAUUAUGCAAAAAAUCGCAUCAAAACUUCGAAUGAAACCCGCGCCUACUGAUGCAGUUUUUGGCAAACAAUUUAGUCAGCCGCCGCGUGUUUCACAUAUUUCUGUUUACCCACGACAUUUUCCUAAAGAGUAAACCAAAUUUUUAACGACGAUUUAUUAUAUUACGGACUUGCAAAUUAUUUCUGGUUAAUCGCUAUGUAUUUUUCAAAGUUUUCUCCUUUUCAAUCACUUAUAAUAUUUAGAAUUUAUCACAAAAGUCAAUAAGUAGAGUUUAAGAUGAAUUAAAGUCACAUUAUGAUUAGUGUAAUUGUCAAAAGUUAGUCAAUAUUGUGUUUUUAUUAUUAUACAUCGAGAGAAGAAGUUGUUAACUGGAUUAAAUUCCUUCAGUUUAAGUAUUAUUUAAGUUAAAUAUAUAAAUAUAUAAAUACUUGAACUGAAUAUUGUUUUAACGAAGUUAAAAAAUUUAGUCAAGUUAAUAACUUUUUUCUCAAUAAAGCCAUUAUUAAUUAAUAAAAUAUUGCGCAGAAAAUUAAAUUUAAUUAAUUGAAUAUAUUUGUCUUAUUGUAUGAAAAUUUUAAAAAUUAUGUUUAUAUAAAUUUUUCGGAAACUGUUCCAAUGCACUGAUUCAUAAAUAUCAUACUUUGUUAUAUUAAAAUAGUUUAAUAUAAGUUAUUUGUCACAAAUUAUAUAAUGUUAAAUUAGUCCAUGUUUUUAAUUGAAUAUAUACAUUUACUAAAAAGAAA